CCCACAUUUCCGGUGCGUGUGUUAUUAAACCGGGCAGUUUGACUCAUGUCUGCGGUGCGUGACUCCUGACACUCCUCUCUGAGCAUGGACAACACCUCGCCGCAGACUUGACAUCUCAGAAACUUCCUCCCGUUCACACCUCGGAUUAUGAAUUCCUCCACGAACAGUUUGGAUGAUGUAUCAGCAGACAGCAGUGCUGAGUUCCCGGACAGAGCAUCCAUGAUGGAGGUGCGUCUGCAGGCACAAGAAGAUGAGAUCACGCUGCUGAAAUCUUCAUUAGCUGACGCCCUACGCAGGAUCCGCCUCCAUGAUCAGCUACUGCCCUUACUGAAACAGCAGCUCAUUGCAGUGAACCCGGGUGCUGCACGAGCGCUGAAUCAAGUGUCCUGCUCAGAAAGUUGCACCAGCAGCAGAAAACUGUCGUCCAGCUCAGCCGUCGAUGGGAGCCGCCAUACUGCUGCCAGCCAACUGUCAGACAGCAUUGUGACCAAUGCCAAUGGCCACAUAGGAAGCCUGAAGUCCACAGAACCCAGACCAGUAACACUGGACAGGUCAACCCAGACAGAUCCCAUCUUCAGAGGGCAGGAUGCUGUGCAGGACAUGAUCUCUCUCUCCAGAUGUGUCCAAAGCCUGAACCUGGAGGACGCCCUCCCUCCAGGACAACCUGUUGAGGGGACACGGGCCAAGCUCCACCGUGUCCCUGGUAUGGAAGAGGAGGAUGAUGAGCAGGAUGAAGAUGAAGAAGCAGGAGGGGAGCAGGAAAAGGAGCUGAGUUGGACGUCAUCAGUGGAGGAGCCCAUCCAGCCCACCACAAUCAGAGGCAUCCAGAGGGAGGACUUCCAGGAUGGAAGCUGCUCACCAGAGGAGGUGGCCUCUGCCUCGCCCUCAGUCAGAACCUCUGACCAGAAUCACAGCUCACGCUGCGGACCCCUGGCCCCCAUCCAGGAAGGACAGAAGGCGCCUCUGGUUCGUAGAAACAGUGAGAAGCUGGGGAACCCGGAAAGGCGGAAACGUCUGGAUAAGAAGGCGGCGUCCUCAGCUAACCUCCUCGCGCGCUCCCCGAGCUUGGAGAACCGAGCUAAGGAGCUGGUUUCCAGUGCAGGAUCUCCCGGAUCCAGAAGAGGAACCUACAGCCAAGGACAGUCGAUUAAAAUGUUCAUCCGAGGCAGGCCGAUAACCAUGUACGUCCCAUCUAACAUCCAGAACUAUGAAGACCUGAAGAUGGAGCCGCCCUCGGAGAGACUGGAGCUUGACUGGGUCUAUGGUUACCGGGGACGUGACUGUCGGGCCAACCUGUACUUUCUCCCUACAGGCGAGGCAGUGUACUUCAUUGCCUGUGUCAUUGUGCUUUACCACAUCAACAACCGAACACAGCGGCACUAUCGCAAACACACAGACUGCGUCCGCUGUCUUACCCUUCAUCCUGACAAAGUGAGAGUGGCAUCUGGCCAAACAGCAGGGGUGGACAAAGACGGCAAGCCCCUGCAGCCCUGUGUUCAUAUCUGGGACUCCACCUCCCUGGUGACGCUGCAGCAGAUCGGCCUUGGAACCUUCCAGAAGGGAGUUGGAUCAGUUGCAUUUUCUUUUGCCGACUCCGGAGCCUUCCUGUGUGUGAUCGAUGACUCUAAUGAGCACAUGCUGUCAGUAUGGGACUGCAACAAGGGCACCAAGUACGCAGAGGUCAAGAGUACCAAUGAGGCCGUGUUUGCUGUAGAGUUUAACCCAAGCGAAAGCACCAAUAUCAUCACCUGUGGUAAAUCCCACGUCUACUUCUGGACUCUCAACGCAGGGCAGUUUACCAAGAAACAAGGAAUCUUUGGAAAAUACAAGAAGCCCAAGUUCAUCCAGUGCUUUGUGUUCAGUCUGACUGGAGAUGUUCUGACUGGAGACUCGGAAGGCAACAUCCUGACAUGGGGAAAAUCAGCUGCAGAUAUCAAAACUCUGGGUAAAGGAGCCAAAGAGACCCUUCAGAUAAUGCGUCAAACCAGAGCCCAUGAAGGCAGCGUGUUCACCCUGUGCAUGCUGCAGGGCGGCGCUCUGCUCAGUGGAGGAGGGAAAGACCGCAAGAUCAUCCGCUGGAGUGCUGAUCUGGCACCUGAGAGAGAGUGUGAGAUUCCAGAAAAUUUUGGGGCAGUCCGCACCCUCGCUGAUGUGGAUGGGGAGGAACUGUUAGUUGGUACGACACGAAAUGCGAUCCUCAGAGGCACCUUCUCAGAUGGAUUUGUGGCCAUUGUGCAGGGUCAUGUAGAUGAGAUGUGGGGACUGGCCACACACCCCUCCCAGAGCAUAUUCCUCACCUGUGGUCAUGACAGGCAGGUGUGUUUGUGGAACACAGAGGAACAUAAGCUGGACUGGUGCAUCAGCCUGGAGGAAUAUGGACUGUGUGCUGACUUCUGCCCUAAUGGAUCAGUGGUGUCAGUCGGCCUCAGCACAGGAAGGUGGAUGGUCCUGGACCUCCUGACUAGAGAGGUGGUCUCUGAAUCCACCGAUGGCAACGAGCAGCUGUCUGUCAUGAGAUACUCCCCAGGUCAGACAUUUUUAACUGUUGGUUGUAAAGAUCCUUCUUUGUUAAAAGUUGGGUCGUGGGGCACUGUGUGAUCUGCUCAUCUCUCCCAUUAGGGUCACUCCAGCUUCAUAACUCACUUGGAUUGGUCCAAAGAUGGGAAGUACAUUAUGUCUAAUUCUGGCGACUAUGAGAUCCUUUACUGGGACAUCGCGGCAGGGUGUAAACUCUUGAGGAACCGCUACGAGAGCAAAGACAGAGAGUGGGCCUCCUAUACCUGUGUGCUGGGCUUCCAUGUGAUGGGUGUGUGGUUAGAGGGCUCAGACGGCACAGACAUCAACGCCCUGUGUCGCUCUCAUAGUGAGAGGAUGGUGGCUGUAGCUGAUGACUUCUGUAAAGUCCACCUCUUCCAGUACCCAUGUCCUAAACCAAAGGCACCGAGCCACAAGUACGACGGCCACGGCAGCCACGUCACCAACGUCUGCUUCACCCACAGCGACUCCCACCUGCUCUCAAUGGGAGGGAAGGACACCUGCAUCCUUCAGUGGAAGGUGGUCGGAGGCUGGGCAGUCGACAGCAGGGAGAGACUGGCCUCGGCCUCAUCCACCUCCACCAGCUCUCCAGAACCCACCACCGGCUAGGAGGGACUCGUUUUUUUGGAGAGUGACAGAGCGGGAAUCGUUCACACGUAGACAGAGAGACGUGUUAGUCAGUGGACAGCAGCCACAGCUGUCGACACAGUUCGGCCUCUGUGCUGCCACUGCUGUGUCCGUUUCAUGCACGACAUGUAGAGGAAUCUUCUUCAGGAGGAACAGCCGUAUUCACUUUACACUUACACACCUCCAUAUCAAUGUAAAUUCCUGUGAAACUGAACAGUGUGAUACUUUUCACUGCACAGAUUAUCUGUCAUUCUGUUGGAUAUUUGGUGAGGAUCAGUAGAAGUGGUCGUGUAUAUUUGCAGGCACAGAACAGGACUUCUGCAGUUUCAAGUUUAUCGUCAAUUCUGACAUAUGUACAGGACGUAGACGGGAUUGAAAAGCUGUUUUUCUUGGAUCCCUGGUGUAAACAUAUAAGUAGACAGAACAUAUAAGUACGCAACAUAUUAAGUGCUCAAAACAUAGUUCAUAAUACAACAUAGUAUGCAGUCAAAAGGCACACAGACGAUAUGAUGAGACAAGUGCAAACUGGAAAAAAAGUGCAAAAAAGGAUUGAGAGUGCAAAAAUACUUCAUAGAAAGUAAUGUCAUGUACAUCCAAAGGCAGUUAAUAGCAUUUAAAGAAAGCAGCACUUGUAGUAUGAUGAGCAGUAUUUACAGAUUUAAAAAAAAGGUAAUUAUACUACAAAAAGUGGUAUACAGGUGCAUGCUCUCAUUGGAAAGGAGUCCAGGUUGAUUCAGUAACAGUUCCUCGUUGAACAUUCCUAUGUUUUCAUUGAUGUUUCUUACCAAACUUAACCAGAGCUGUGCACUGUGGCAUAGGCCGUCGUGCUUAUCAAGAUGUUUGCUUAAUAUUUUUUUUUUCAUGAUUUUAAUAUUUUUAAUAUGUUUGGUUGACAUCUCAGCUAAUCCUGAAGCUGUUUUUGACUUUACAUUAGACAGACUGUGACAAACCUAUUAUACUGAAAUCAACCCUCAGCUUUUCUGACUCAUUCAUUUUCUAACAGUUGAUAGUAACACUUGAACA